AGCAGGAGUUGGGUAGACAGGAGUGGUUCCUAACAGUACCAAAAAUGUCAUUAAAAAUAAAAAAGGCAGCUGAUUGAAGAGAGUUGUCCUCAGAUUUCUCCCUUUGAGACAGCGUAACUGACUCUCUGACGGUGCCUUGUGAGCUGAAAAGGAUCAGAAAUGAAGUUCAGGGCUGCGGCGGCAGGGAGUGACGGUAUCCGGUUGACAAUGGAGAGUGCUCUGACAGCCCGUGACCGUGUGGGGGUUCAGGAUUUUGUCCUGCUAGAGAACUUCACUAGUGAAGCAGCCUUUAUUGAAAACCUACGUAAACGAUUCAAGGAGAAUCUGAUCUACACCUACAUUGGCUCAGUUCUGGUGUCAGUAAAUCCAUACAAGGAUCUGGAAAUCUACAGCAGACAACACAUGGAGCGAUACCGUGGCGUCAGUUUCUAUGAAGUGUCUCCUCACCUUUAUGCUAUUGCAGACAACUCAUACCGUUCCCUUCGGAUUGAGAGGAAGGAUCAGUGUAUCCUGAUAUCUGGGGAGAGUGGAGCUGGAAAAACUGAAGCCACCAAGAAAAUCCUACAGUACUAUGCAGUGACAUGUCCAGCCAGUGACCAAGUUGAAACAGUGAAAGAUCGCCUCCUACAGUCCAAUCCAGUCUUAGAGGCAUUUGGAAAUGCAAAAACCCUUCGGAAUGAUAACUCCAGCCGAUUUGGAAAGUACAUGGAUGUGCAGUUUGAUUACAAGGGGGCACCUGUGGGGGGUCACAUCCUGAACUACCUACUGGAGAAAUCUCGUGUUGUCCAUCAGAAUCAUGGAGAGAGGAACUUUCACAUCUUCUACCAGAUGCUAGAGGGAGGGGAAGAUGACCUACUGAGGCGUCUGGGCCUUGAGAAGAACCCACAACAGUACCAUUAUCUAGUGAAGGGUCAGUGUGCAAGGGUCAGUUCCAUCAAUGAUAAAAACGACUGGAAGGUUGUGCGAAGGGCCCUGUCAGUCAUUAACUUCAACGACAAUGAGGUAGAGGAUUUGCUGAGCAUUGUAGCUAGUGUGUUGCAUCUGGGGAAUGUGCAGUUUGCUGCCAACGAACAGGGCAAUGCUCAGGUGACCACAGAGAACCAGAUUAAAUAUCUGGCCAGGCUUCUGGGGGUUGAGGGCUCUGUGCUCCGGGAAGCACUGAUCCACAAGACGAUCAUAGCAAAAGGGGAAGAGUUGGUCAGUCCUCUGAAUCUGGAGCAGGCAGCCUAUGCACGGGAUGCUCUAGCCAAGGCAGUAUAUGGGCGCACCUUUUCCUGGCUAGUGAAUAAGAUUAACAAGUCUCUUGCCUACAAGGGGGCAGAAUGUCCAGGCUGCAGGAGUGCAACAGUUCUAGGGCUGCUUGACAUUUAUGGGUUUGAGGUUUUCCAGCACAAUAGCUUUGAGCAGUUUUGUAUUAAUUAUUGUAAUGAAAAACUGCAGCAGCUCUUCAUAGAACUCACACUAAAAUCAGAACAAGAGGAGUAUGAGUCAGAAGGCAUAGCGUGGGAACCUGUCCAGUAUUUCAAUAACAAAAUCAUUUGUGAUCUGGUGGAAGAGAAAUUCAAAGGCAUAAUUUCUAUUUUGGAUGAGGAGUGUCUGAGACCUGGGGAUGCCACAGACAUGACAUUUUUGGAGAAGCUGGAGGAAACUGUGAAGAACCAUCCUCAUUUUCUCACACAUAAGCUGGCUGACCAGAAGACUCGGAAGUCUCUAGGCCGAGAAGAGUUCCGUCUCUUGCACUAUGCUGGAGAGGUCACCUACAGUGUCACAGGUUUUCUGGAUAAAAACAAUGACCUUCUGUUUCGGAACCUGAAGGAGACCAUGUGCAGCUCGGAGAAUCCCAUCAUAAAUAAUUGUUUUGAGAGGACUGAGUUGACAGAUAAAAAGAGACCUGAAACAGUGGCAACUCAGUUUAAGAACAGUCUGUCCAAACUAAUGGAAAUUCUGAUGUCCAAGGAGCCAUCAUACAUUCGCUGCAUUAAACCUAAUGAUGCUAAACAGGCUGGUCGGUUUGAUGAAGUUCUAAUCCGACAUCAAGUGAAGUACUUAGGACUGAUGGAGAACCUGAGAGUGCGUAGAGCUGGUUUUGCUUAUCGCCGGAAAUAUGAAAUAUUCCUGCAGAGAUACAAAUCACUCUGUUCAGAAACCUGGCCCACGUGGGAAGGACGGCCCCAUGAUGGAGUGGCUGUGCUUGUGAAACAUCUAGGCUACAAACAGGAAGAGUAUAAGAUGGGCCGAACAAAGAUUUUUAUUCGUUUUCCCAAGACUUUGUUUGCAACAGAAGAUGCUUUGGAGAUACGGAAGCAGAGUCUGGCCACAAAAAUCCAGGCCACAUGGAGAGGCUUCUAUUGGCGACAGAAAUUCCUGCACAUGAAACAUUCAGCAAUAACUAUCCAGUCAUGGUGGCGUGGAACCCAGGGACGCCGAAAAGCCGCCAAGAAAAAGUGGGCAGUGGAGACAAUUAGACGGUUUAUUAAAGGUUUUAUUUACCGGAACUACCCUCGCUGUUCAGAGAAUGAAUACUUCCUAGAUUACGUUCGCUACUCCUUUUUGAUGAACCUCAAACGCAAUUUACCAAAGAAUGUUUUGGACAAAUCAUGGCCAACUCCCCCUCCAUCACUCUGCGAGGUAUCUCAGCUCUUGAGACAACUGUAUAUGCAAAACAUGGUGUGGAGCUACUGCAAGAGAAUCAGCCCAGAAUGGAAACAGCAGUUAGAUCAGAAAGUGGUUGCAAGUGAGAUGUUUAAGGGUAAAAAAGACAAUUAUCCUCAGAGUGUUCCCAGACUCUUCAUCAACACUCGACUUGGCACUGAAGAGAUAAACCCUAAAGUCCUUCAGGUUUUAGGAAAUGAAACAAUCAAGUAUGCAGUUCCCGUGGUCAAGUAUGACCGGAAAGGAUACAAGGCAAGAGUGCGGCAGCUACUUCUCACUCAGAAUGCCAUCUUCAUUGUUGAAGAAGCCAAAAUCAAACAACGAAUUGACUAUGCCAAUCUGACAGGAAUCUCAGUCAGCAGCUUGAGUGACAGUUUGUUUGUGCUUCAUGUGCGCUGUGAGGAUAACAAACAGAAGGGAGAUGUUGUACUACAAAGUGAUCAUGUCAUUGAGACACUAACCAAAACUGCCAUGAGUGCUGACAAAAUCGAUAAUGUCAACGUCAGUCAAGGCAGCAUAAAAUUUACAACUGGGCAAGGCAAAGAAGGAAUAAUUGACUUUACUUCAGGAUCUGAACUGCUCAUAGCCAAAGCCAAAAAUGGCCACCUUGCUGUGGUUGCUCCUCGUUUGAAUUCUCGAUGAUAAAAUUUGUCAGCAGGACAGGAUCUGUUCCGUCGGCAGUCUGGAUUGCCUUUUAUACCAGUGGCUGGACGUACUUCCCUGCAGUUGUGUUUUUUUGCCGCUUUGCUUGUUUCCUUUAAUAGUUACCAAAGAACUGCACUUCCAUAAACCAAAGUGAAAACAAAAGAAUAUAAUCUGAAACGACCAACAAAAGAGAAAAAAAAAGCACUUUCUCUUACUGAGCUGGGGCUCGUAAGUGUCAUGAACAUGGCUGGGCUCAGUGGGAGUCAAGGUUGUUGUUGAUGCAGACACCAAGGCCUGAAGUGAAAUUACUGUCAUGAUAUGUACAAAAGCAUGAUCCUAAGAGACACAAAGUGGCAGAUCUGUAUUGUCCAACUCAAUAAAGUGCCAUACUUUA